AUGUCGUUAGGCGAACAUCAUCAAUGGGGCCGGGUGCGGACCCAACUCGGUUGUCUACAACCAGGACAGUUAGUUCUCCGUGUGGACAACGAGCUAUGGUUCACCGACACUGCACCACUCGAGACAGCAACAUGUUUUGCAAGUGGACUUGAUCACUACAACCUGGAAUUUCUCUUUCGCCCGGGCCGACUGCACUCUGUCAAACUGGAUGUCGAUUUCGCGAUCGCUUCGGAGUGGGUGCAAAUGAACGUUGCCUUGAGUCCCAGAGAGUUGGCACAGUGGGAAGAGGUUGACCAGAGCUGUAUACAUGCUAUUCCUGCUCUAGCGGACGGGCCAAAGCUGGUGGCCGGAUGCCGUGUCUUCCUCCCACUUUCACGGCCAAGCACCAGCCCCUUUCGCAGCGGAAUCAUUGUUGACACUGAUGUCAAGGGUCUUUGUCGAGUGCGGGUCAGUUAUAACAGUAAACUGCUCAAUAUGCUCUCCUCAAGCUUGGUGGAUGACCUGCUCAGCCCUAUAGAGGAUCAACACGAAGACAACGACGAAAUUGUAGUCGACAUAAGGCAUCUUCGACCCCAUUACCUCACUGGGCCGGCGGAAAUUCAGCCUGGAGGCCGUGUUGUUAUUCUCAGUGGGCAGCAUCGAGGAAGAGUGGGUAUAGUCGAGCGAAUACAGAGUGCAUGGCGCCCCGCAGUGUUGACCAUCACCGACAACCAAGUUGCCAUCACGAAUGUGCCCGUCUGCCAUGUUGCUCGUCUCUUCUUCCCUGGUGACCCUGUUGUGGUCAACUAUGGGCUUCACCGGGGCAAACGCGGCACAAUACAGAGUACCUUCGCGCUGAAACACCUAGAGGAUGGGCUGCAGCAAUUUCCACCAGGAGGCGCCCAAGUACUCGUCGACCAAGUCGUUGAUGUGCCCACUCAAUUUCUACUCUUCGAUAUCCCUGCAAUGAAUUUUGUCAUUAGAACACCAGUAAACGUUGAAGAGCACUGGCUGGGGCGCCCUGGGCUGGUCGGAAAGCGCUUAGAUGUGCGCGUCUUGCCGAUCCAGCGAGGGCGAAUAUCGGCAACUCAAGCAAGAGCAGUUGGUAAAGAAGGCUUCAUCAUCCUGUCUACUCCGGUUACAGCGAAUAACUUUGACGUCGCUCUCGACGUGGAGCUCGACAGCAAGCCUUGGCAAGUGCGCAUUCGGCCGGAAUGGCUACAGCCAAUACUGGAUAUUCCCGGAGAUUUCCAGGGCCAAUGGCCAGUGGUGGUGAUUGGCAAAGACGUCCAGGGACGGGACGACUUUAUGGGGAAGUAUGCAACUAUCGAUGCUGGUGGCUAUGGGACUUGGCCAGUACAACUAGUCAUAAGUGGGGCAAGGGCUUGGUUUCCUCGAGGGUCGUUGUGCAGAGCUAGUCAUAUCAACUUACCAUUCGCUGCGUGGUCUCCACUUGGAACAGCAGGCUACAAACAACUUCCAUAG